AUGGCAGUGCUGGUACAAGAUCAUUGCCCAGGCCGCCCUCCGUCUCAUCUUCUCCCCUUCCUCCCUUUUUCUUUCGCCGCUAGCGUUGGAGACGUUGACCGUCUUCGGUUUUCUUCACUCUUUCGAAAACGUCCACUUUCCUGCAUCCGGCUGGGUCCUCUGGGUAGAGAUCCUUUUUCAAUCCACUCCAUUCUUUCAUUUCACAGUCCACACACAAUGGUUUCCAAGCGCUUGAUGGGUGUUUGGGUCGGCCUCGACAUCCUCCUUCUCGCUGCUGGUGCUGUGGCAUUGGCGCUCUCGAUCGUCUGGCGCGCCCCAAAUGUUCUCAUGAACAUGGUUUUAUCUAAUGCCGACCUCACGGCUGGUACCAUACUGGGUGUUGCAUUAUUGGUCACUUUUAUGAUCUCAGUAGCGGCCAUCGUUCAACGCAACCACGUCACAAGCGGCCUUGUCAUUCUCAACUAUGCCCUUGUACUCGAUGCUAUCGGCGUCCUCAUCAUUGGCACCUUCAUUUGGUUCUUCACCCUGGAGGAACGUGCCAACUUCUACAAACUCUGGAAGGAGGCGACUCCCGCAACUAGGAUCAUUUUGCAAGAUCAACUCAAAUGUUGUGGCUAUUUCAAUGGCACCGAUGUUGUAGAAAUUGGGGGCAGUUUCUGCACCUCGGAAGCCUUCGUUGCCAAUCUCUCAGCCGAAGAUGUCAACAACUUUUGCGUCACUCCUAUCACUGGUUUCGCCGACGUGACACUGAACAACAUCUUUACAACGGUGAAUAUUUGA